AUGGCCGAAAAUAAAGACACAGGUGCUCUACUCCAAGAGGAGAUGGCGAGGCAUGAAGAGACCAAAGCCGAGCUGGAGCGUUGCCGCAGUUCUUGCGCAAGCUGGGAGUCUGCCUACCAUGGCGCCAUGGCUACCGUCACUCAGCUCAGUGCCAAGGCGUCCUAUUUUGAGAUGAUGUUUUCCGCAGCAGAAACCCGCAACCUGCCACUCAAAAUGGAGAACCGCAGACUUAAUCUGACGUUACGACAUCUGGCCCCGUGGAGCUUGAUCAGCACCCCGUCACCAGCUUCUUGUCCGGCUCUUGAGUCGGAUGCUGAGGACUAUGACGUGCAAGAAAUCACGGACAGUGAAGGAGAUCGAAGUGAUACUAGUAGUUCUUAA